AUGACAAACUCAGCGGUUCCGACCUCUACAGAACAGCUCGUCCGCAACUCCGCGAAACGAACGAGAGAGAUAUUUGCCGCCGAUUUUGCGUCCCCGAUUGCCCUCGAACACUCCUCCAACAAAGUCUUCUCUAUCAGCCCGACCACAACAGCUUCCGGGGAGCUUGUGGACCAGAUCAAUGUCGCAACGCGGAUACGUAACGAAUAUGAGCACGUACGAGAACUACCACCUGCGCUCGCAGCGAAGAUGGCAAGCGCCGCUUCUACGGCUGCAGAGCGGCGGAAAAAGUUGAAGAACGCGGCUUCGAACGAAGAACAGCCUUCGGACCCGAAGAUGCGCAAGAUGAUUGCCGGAGUUUCUGAGAAAGUGGAGCAGGCAAAGUCUGCGCAGACCAUGGCAUUGACGUUGCGGGCUGGCGGGAAGGGCGCGGCCCCGAAUGCGACAGGACCGACUCCAAUGAGAAACACACCAUCCUCUGCGCUGGUGAGGAAGGAGACGGUGAGGCAGGUUAGGCCGGAUUGGCAUGCGCCGUGGAAGGUCAUGAGAGUCAUUAGCGGGCACAUGGGUUGGGUGAGGUCGCUAGCUGUGGAACCAGACAAUCAGUGGUUUGCAAGUGGUGCAGCCGACCGGACAAUCAAAAUCUGGGACCUGGCGAGUGGUCAGUUGAAGUUGACUUUGACCGGUCACAUUUCAGCUGUACGCGGUCUAGCGGUAUCGCCACGGCAUCCCUACCUCUUUUCUUGCGGUGAGGACAAGAUGGUGAAAUGCUGGGACCUGGAGACGAACAAGGUCAUUCGGCAUUAUCACGGCCAUCUUAGCGGAGUUUAUACGCUGGACCUCCACCCAACCCUGGACGUCCUCGUCACGGGAGGACGAGACGGCGUGGCCCGAGUGUGGGACAUGCGAACCCGAACCAACAUCCACGUUAUGGGCGGUCACAAAGGCACAAUAGCAGACCUAAAAUGUCAAGAAGCAGAUCCACAAGUUAUCACCGGCUCCAUGGACUCCACAAUACGACUAUGGGACCUUGCUGCAAACAAGACACUCUCAGUUCUCACCCACCACAAAAAAAGUAUCCGAACCUUGACUCUCCAUCCCAAGGAAUUCACCUUCGCAUCCGGCUCCACGCAAUCCAUCAAGCAAUGGAAAUGCCCCGAAGGCGCCUUCAUGCAGAACUUUGAAGGUCACAAUGCCAUCAUCAAUACGCUCUCCGUUAACGAAGACAACGUCAUGUUCUCCGGUGGCGACGAUGGCACAGUGGCGUUCUGGGAUUGGAAGACAGGCCAUCGCUUCCAGGAAACGCAAAGCAUCGCCCAACCGGGUUCACUGGACGCUGAGGCGGGCCUCAUGUGUUCGACGUUUGACCGGACCGGCCUCCGUCUCAUUACUGGAGAAAGCGACAAGAGUAUUAAAAUCUGGAAGCAAGAUGAAGACGCGACAGAAGAAAGCCAUCCACUAGACUGGAAACCAUCGUUAGGGAGGCAGAAAUUCUAA